AUGGCCGGUGCUAACCAAAACAAGGAUGAGCAAUGGUCUAAACUAGAAGGAAAUAAAAUCAAGGUGAAUGUGGAUGGUGCAAUCUUCCAAAGUAACGGUUCUUAUGGCAUUGGAGUGGUGGCUCGUGACAAAAAUGGUCAGUUGAUUGAAGCUUUUACUGCACUAAGAGUUGGGAAUGUUCAACCGGCCAUUGUUGAAUCAUUUGGAGUUAAGAAAUCGUUGAGUUGGAUUAAGGGUAAAAAUUGGUCUAAUGUGGUUAUUGAAGCUGAUUCUAUUGUGUCAGUUCAAGCUUUUUUUAGUUCAGUUUUUAUGCCCUCAGUUUUUGGUUUGUUAAUUUCUGAUUGUAAACGUUUGUUAAACUGUUUGGUUGAUGUGUCUGUUUCUUUGGUGUCGCGAUCUGCUAAUAAAACUGGCCAUUGUCUUGCUUGCGGUUCUUGUUAUUGGUCUAAUCGCAUCUUUAAUGUCAGCAAUGUCCCUAGUGUUAUACAUCCUUCUAUAAUGGUUGUUUUAGCUAUUAUAAGUUAA